UUUAAAGUUAUUAUUUCGAAACAAGCCCUAUGCUUCUUUCUUCCUUCCUAGGUGUUCGAAUUCACUGCAAAACCCGCCCUCAAAUAAACCCUUCCCCAAACGUAUUCUCAUUCUCAUUCCCUCAAUCAUGGAGUGGAAUCCUCAAACCCUCCAAUUUCUCUCCGAAUGCUUCCUCCACUCCCUCUCUCCCUCGCCGGAGCCUCGCCGCCGGGCUGAAGCCUCCCUCGCCGACGCUGCCGACCGUCCAAACUACGGCCUUGUCGUGCUCCGCCUCGUCGCCGAGCCUUCCGUCGAUGAUCAGAUCCGUCAAGCUGCCGCCGUCAACUUUAAGAACCACCUCCGUGUCCGAUGGGUGCCGGCUGCUUCGGAUGACGCCAAUGUGCCCGCUUUCUCCCCCAUACUUGACCCGGAGAAGGAACAGAUUAAAUCAUUGAUAGUGCCGCUGAUGCUUUCUGCCACUCCUAAGAUUCAAAGUCAACUUAGCGAAGCUUUGGCUGUAAUUGGUAAGCAUGAUUUUCCUAAAUCGUGGCCUGCGUUGCUUCCUGAGCUCAUCAUGAAUCUUCAGAAAGCAUCGCAAGCCUCUGAUUAUGCCUCUGUUAAUGGUGUUCUUGGCACUGCCAAUUCUAUUUUUAACAAGUUUCGGUACCAGUAUAAAACCAACGAUCUUUUGCUUGAUUUGAAGUAUUGUCUUGAUCUUUUUGCGGCACCUCUGCUGGAAAUAUUUCUCAAAACGGCUUCGUUGAUUGAUGCGGCUGCGAACUCCGGAGGGCUUGCUACAAAUCUUCGUCCUCUUUUUGAGUCGCAGAGGUUGUGUUGUAGCAUAUUCUAUUCAUUAAAUUUUCAGGAGCUGCCUGAGUUUUUUGAGGAUCACAUGAAGGAGUGGAUGACUGAAUUUCGAAAAUACCUCACUACAAGCUAUCCUGCACUUGAGAAUAGUGGUCCUGAUGGUUUUGCACUUGUAGAUGAGCUUCGAGCUGCAGUUUGUGAGAAUAUUAAUCUUUAUAUGGAAAAGAACGAGGAGGAGUUUCAAGGAUACCUGAAUGAUUUUGCACUUGCUGUGUGGACCUUACUGGGAAAUGUAUCCCAGUCUUCUAGCCGUGAUCAGCUGGCUAUCACAGCAAUCAAGUUUUUGACCACUGUUAGCACAAGUGUGCACCACACCUUGUUUGCUGGUGAAGGAGUUAUACCACAGAUCUGUCAGGGCAUUGUGAUCCCGAAUGUAAGGUUGAGGGAAGAUGAUGAGGAACUCUUCGAGAUGAAUUAUAUUGAGUUUAUUAGGAGAGAUAUGGAAGGUAGUGAUCUUGAUACUAGGAGGAGGAUUGCCUGUGAGCUACUCAAAGGUAUUGCGACACAUUAUGGGGAUACUGUCAGAAGCAUUGUUUCUGCGCAAAUACAAACUUUAUUAAGUUCUUUUGCUGUAAAUCCAGUGGUAAAUUGGAAGGACAAAGAUUGUGCUAUAUUCUUGGUAGUUUCUCUGGCAACCAAGAAGGCUGGAGCUAGUUAUGUCUCAACAGAACUUGUUGAUGUUCAGAGCUUUUUUGAAUCUGUAAUUGUCCCAGAGCUGCGGAGUCCAGAUGUGAAUGGGCAUCCUAUGCUUAAGGCGGGUGCUCUCAAAUUUUUUACUAUGUUCCGGAGUCAUAUAUCAAAACACAUAGCAUUGAAGUUUUUCCCAGAUUUGGUUCGCUUCCUUUCUGCAGAAUCAAAUGUUGUUCAUUCUUAUGCUGCAAGUUGUAUUGAAAAACUCUUAUCGGUAAAGGAUGAGGGUGGUAGAGCCCGAUACACAUCAGCUGACAUCAAUCCUGUUUUCCCUGUGCUGAUGAACAGUCUUUUCAGCGCCCUGAAGCUCCCAGAGUCUGAAGAAAAUCAGUAUGUAAUGAAGUGUAUCAUGAGGGUUCUUGGGGUUGCUGAUAUAUCUGUCGAAGUUGCUCGAAUCUGUAUUGAGAGUUUAGCCUCAAUUCUUGGUGAAGUUUGCAGGAAUCCAAAAAAUCCCAUCUUCAAUCAUUAUCUCUUCGAGUCUGUGGCGAUACUUGUAAAGAGGGCAUGUGAGAGGGAUUUGUCUCUUGUAUCAGUUUUUGAAGCAAGUCUCUUCCCUAGGCUUGAAAUAAUAUUGACCAAUGAUGUUACUGAAUUUUUCCCAUACACAUUUCAAUUGCUUGCUCAACUUGUGGAGUUGAACAGGCCACCUGUCCCAGCAAUCUACAUGCAGAUAUUUGAGAUCCUUUUGUCACCUGAUUCUUGGAAAAGAGCUCCAAAUGUUCCUGCGCUUGUGCGUCUUCUCCAGGCCUUCCUUCAGAAGGCUCCACUUGAGGUCAGCCAAGAGGGUAGACUAAGUAAGGUGCUUGGCAUAUUUGACUCACUCAUCCAAUCUCCUAGCACAACUGAGCAAGGAUUUUAUGUGCUUAAUACUGUCAUUGAGAGUCUUGAGUAUGCUGUCAUUGAACCUUAUAUUUCUCACGUUUGGGCUGCUAUUUUCAGAGAGCUUCAAAAGAGGCGAACAGUAAAGCUUAUCAAGUAUCUUUUAAUAUUCAUGUCACUCUUUCUGAUUAAGCAUGGUCCUUCUAACCUUGUUGAGACUAUGAAUCGCGUCCAGCCCGCUAUAUUUACUGUGAUUCUAAAUCAAUUUUGGAUUCCUAAUCUAAAGUUCAUUACUGGAGCUAUUGAACUCAAGUUGGCUGCAGUUGCUUCAACUAGACUUAUAUGUGAAUCUCCAAUCUUCUUAGAUGCCACAGCUGCUGAAUUGUGGGGAAAGAUGGUUGACAGCAUUGUCACCCUUCUUUCACGGCCAGAAGAGGAUAGGGUUGAGGAUGAAGCUGACAUGCCAGAUAUUACAGAAAAUGUGGGCUAUACUGCCACAUUUGUUCGUCUAUACAAUGCUGGAAAGAAAGAAGAGGAUCCACUGAAAGAUAUAAAAGAUCCGAGGGAAUUUUUUGUCUCUUCAUUGUCCCGACUUUCUUCACUUUCUCCUGGGAGGUUUCCUAUGGUCAUUAGUGAAAAUGUCGAUCCUGCAAAUCAAGCAGCAUUGCUUCAGCUUUGCCAAACUUAUAAUCUCCUGAUAGCCUGAGAUUUUAUGCUGGAAUCAAAUUAGUGGAAUCUUGGGUUUGGAAGAGUUAUCUCCGGCAUUGAUGAGCUGGGUGAUGAUUCUACUCUGAUGCAUUGUGAAUUAAAUCAGUAUUUAAUCAUCCAUUUUUGCUCCUGCCAUGAUCAUACAUGAAGAACUGGGAUUUUUUGUUCGCAUCUUGCUUGAAUCCAUGAGAUCUGUGCAUGUGUAUGGAGUUUCAUGUGAUCUGUUGGGUUUCGGUGUAAAAUCAUCUGCCGUUCUUACAA